AUGGAUAUCCGCCUCCUCCAACCGUCAGACCUGCCUCUGAUCCAACACGCCAACCUCGAGAACCUGCCCGAGAACUACUUCCUCAAAUACUACCUCUACCACGCACUGUCAUGGCCCCAGCUUAGUUUCGUCGCGGUCGACGUCGCCCGCCCCAAGAAGACCCCCUACGACUACCCUAAGAUCGUCGGAUAUGUCCUGGCCAAGAUGGAGGAGGAGCCCGCAGACGGCGUCCAGCACGGCCACAUCACCAGCCUGUCCGUGAUGCGCACACACAGGAAGCUGGGGAUAGCUGAGAAGCUGAUGCGGCAGAGCCAGAUCGCAAUGGUCGAGACCUUCGGCGCGCACUACGUCUCCCUGCACUACUACGCCGACGGCGAGGACGCCUUCGGAAUGAAGCUGGACCUGUCGGCGAUCCGGGAGCAGCUGCGCGAGGAGAGGGACUCUUCCGACUCGGAGGAGGUUGACGAGGGCGACGCCGUCGGCGACGUGGGGAGCGACCCAAACAAGAAGAGCGGCGGCAAGGGCUCCUCCAAGAAGGCCAAGAACGGUGCCGGCGGCGCGGCCGCGGAGGGCGGCAAGGACGAGAAGAGGAAGGUCAAGGUCGGGAGGGGCCUGGGCGUGGGUGAGCUGGUGGAGAGGGUUGAGAGCAAACAGGGCUCAUGA